UGAUAAAAAUAAUCACAUUGGCCAGCCUAUAUUAUUACUUGGCCAUCCUGUGUUAGAGUGUAAAUAUAUGAGGUGGGAAGUCAACUUUCCCACCUGUAGUUACAGUUAAAUUCUCCUUGUAACACUUUGAGUUUCAUGGAUUGCCAUCCCUCUUACCUAACAGGUGUUGUCGUAUGACUGUAUAUUGCAAGGGAACUGGGGGCUUUGAAUGCCAACUUUUCUGAUUGAGCCUUUUCUUUUUCUUUUCUAAAGAUAGUAAGAGGCAGUAAGGAAAUGAUUAUUUCUAGUGAGCCCAUCUUGAGAAGAAGUAUUGAAGUAUUUUAUCUUUGUUAUUUCCCAGAUCCUAUUAUGGUUAGUGUAGAAACUCAGUCUAUGGUUUUGGGAGUUUAGAAGAUCAGAAAGUGCACUUUUAAUGUCCAUUUCUGUGGAAUUUGUCAAAUCCUAAGGUUAUGAUGAAGACCUUGAUUGUCAUUUUCUCAACCUUCUGACUUUUCCUCAGAAAUUCUUUGGUGGAAGGACAUUAGUUAAACAUCAGUUACAGCAUUACCAAAAGUUCUGAAGAUGUGAAAUAUUUUUAGGUUUUAGAGUUUUCUGUGUGGUUUGAAAAUAAUAACCGGGUUGUCAGCUGAGUGCUUACAUGGACAACCUAAUUCCCACAAGAAUCUUUUGGGGUAGGAAUCUUUAUCUCUUUAAAGAAGUGGAAACUGAGGCUUAGUGAAGUGGGUAACGCACCCUGCAUACAGUUUAGGGUGGAGCUAGUGAGCUCUUUAGAGUGCUUAGUCCCAUCACAUCUGUGACAUUAGUCUGCUGCCCUGGAAAAGUCUGGUGUUAACCUCAGAUUGUUAUUCACUGUAAGAAGAAUGUGGCUCAAAGAAAAGUAGCUGCUGUUGGCAUCUAAUGCCCAGGAUGGAUUAGAGGUUUGUGUCUUGGCAACAUGUUUAGGUCCUUGGCAUAACCAUUAUCUUGAGUGGCACUCUUAUUGAAAGACUUUUAUCAAGACUUAGGAACUAAGGAAAUGGAGUAAUAGCCUUUUACAGUUAGAGCACAGAAUUCUCAGUGAUGCCAAGAGAGUUUGGUGGUAGCAGAAGGAGUAGUUACACUGAUGUCAUACUUGACCAAAACAACCAGGGCUGCUUUUUUGAUACUUCCAGUCUGGUGCUUUUUAUAACUGCAAUUUCGCCUACAGAAGAAUUGAGUAAAAUGGUAACAGUUUUGUGGCGAAAAGUAUUCUUUUAAAUGUGUAAUGUUUUAACCUUCCUAAAGGUGUUUGUAGGCUUGUGUAGUUUGCAUUUUGUACAGAUGUUUAAUGACUGCUUACUUUCCAUUGUGUAACUGACUUUGAACAUGUUUUCCUCAUUGCACCAGCUAUAUCCAGAUUGUUAAGUAACAAAUAUUUGAGUGCCUCUGCUAUAUUGGUGGACAAGGGGAUGCUGGGAAUAGGAGACAUAGGGAAGUAAAGUGACCCUUCCUAUGACGUGUUCUAGGGUUGGUAGAGGGUUUAAUGGAAGGGGUACCUAUUCAAGGUAGCCUGGAGGAAGUCACAUCAGAGAGAAUGGAAAUGGGUCCAAGGAAGGGAGCCUUUCAGGCAGAGGGAAUAGCAAAGGUGAAGGCUUCCAUGAGAGAGUGUGAGAGUGAGCACUACACACUUGAGCAACUGAAAGUUCCUUGGGGUCAGUUGCUAGAUUGUAAAAGGGCAUCAUCAGCUAGAGAUGAGGCUGAGUUUGUGAGAGCAGUUGAUGGUGCAGGGCCCCAUUGGUAAUGGUGAGGACUUUGGACUUUUGUAACUGAGUGCUUUUGAAGAACUUUGAGCAGAUACUAACUUGAUUUUAUUUGAAAGACUAUUGGGUAAUUUUGAAAGUGGCCUGGGUGUGGAUAUGAUGGUGUGUGUCUAUGUGAAUGUAGUGUCUGUAUUUUUUGUGGGGUGUUGCCCAGUUCUAGAGCUACAGAAGACUUUUCAGGAAAAUCCAGGCCAGCAAUGAUGUGAAUGCCACUAGGAGGUAUCUUUUGCCUUGUCUCAUAAAAAAAGUGUGUGUGUUCUUUAAAAGCUGCUGUCAGCCUUGCACUCUGUGGAAGCUCUAGGUCUGUAAAGUCAACUACACAGGGCCUAUACUGCCCUUUGCAGAGGAGUAUCAGCAAAGUAUUCUGGCACCAGAAGACUAUAUGCAGUUUCUUCAGGAUUGCUCUUCUCUCCAGUGACUUAAGCUGCAGGACUUGUUGCCCACGAUUGUCCAGUUAGGGUACCAAUCAGGGGGUUUGGUUAAGUAGGAGAGCUUUGAGGUCUUUCUUGGGGGAACACAAUUGGAAUGGAGAAUGCCAAGGUGAGCAUACAAUGCAAAUGUGUGAAUGCUUAGAACACAUCAAAUUUCUCAUUCUCUCUUCUUGGUUUAUGUUAAGUAAUUAUGUGGCGGUAAUUUAGUUAACAUGUUAUUGAGAUAUGUGGAGGUCCAGCAAGACUAUGAACCUCUGUUCCAAAUGCUUUGCUGAUUUUCAGAAGAAACAACCAGACGAUGAUUCCACUCCAAGUACAAGUAACAGCCAAUCAGAUUUGUUUUCUGAAGAGACCACCAGUGACAACAACAAUACCUCUAUAACCACGCCAACUCUUAGUCCCAGCCAGCAGCCGCUUCCGACAGAACUGAAUGUAACUUCACCAAGUAAAGACGAGUGUGGGCCAUGCACAGAUACAGCUCAUGUCUCGUUAAUCACACCAACCAAAAGAUCCUGUGGUACAGAUUCACAGUCUGAGAAUGAGGCCUCUCCAGUGAAACGGCCACGACUACUGGAGAAUACUGAACGGUCCGAGGAGACCAGCCGAUCUAAACAGAAGAGUCGACGUCGGUGCUUCCAGUGCCAAACCAAGCUGGAGCUGGUGCAGCAGGAAUUGGGAUCUUGCCGUUGUGGCUACGUCUUCUGUAUGUUACAUCGCCUCCCCGAGCAGCACGACUGCACGUUUGACCACAUGGGCCGUGGCCGAGAGGAAGCCAUCAUGAAAAUGGUGAAACUGGACCGGAAAGUGGGGCGCUCCUGCCAGCGCAUCGGGGAGGGGUGCUCCUGAAGGCCGGGCACGGCCGCCACGUGACGCUGUUCUUAGUUCACUAAUGUUAGCCUUAUUUAGGACAAAGUCAGCCAGACACCUUGUACUGGGCACGCGUCAGACUACAGCCAGUCCGUUUCCUUUCUUUAGCCAGCCAUCCUGGUACUGUAGUUUAGGGGUUGAUGGUGGUUGAAAUUGAUUUCUGGCUGGUUACUAAGGUGCCUGCUAGCCAUUGUAUAAAUUAAAACAUGAAGAAUAUUUU